CAUGUAUGAUCAUGUAUGUUUUUAGUAAGCUUUGUGCAGCAAAACUGGUUUUGGUUCCAGGUUUAUUAUAAGCGAAACAUAUUUAUAAACCAGAUUUGUUCGGGAACCAAACGCAAAAUAUGAACAUAUAUAACGCAGAAACUCGUGCAAUAUUCUCAGUCGGUAAACUUUUACAACUUACGAAACAACGCUUGUUAGAUUUUGACUUUGACUGUUUGAAGCAUCGCCAGUUUAGCGUCAUCAGAUAGCCGCAUAUAUACGAAGAUGCCACGUGGCAGAGGGAGAAGGGCUAGACAUGAGCCCGCCGGAAGACAGGAACCCGCCGGCAAUGUUAGGCGCCAACCCGCUAGAAAUGCCAGACAACAGCCUGCGGAAGGGGCAAGACAAGAGCCCGCCGGCAAUGUUAGGCGCCAACCGGCUAGAAACGUCAGGCAAGAACCGGCAGAAAUGGCAAGACAGGAACCCCUAGGCAACGCAAGACAGCCUGCUAGAAAUGCCAGACGGGGACUCGCCGGGGAAGUCAGGCAAGAUCCUGCCGACAAUGCGAGACACCAGGCGGAAGCGAGAGGCGAACCCGCCGACCACAGAAAUGGUGGCAGGGGCCGAAAGCGAACGGCGGAUGAGCUGGAAGGUUUGGUAGAGGACCGGAUGCUGCAAGAUAAUGCUGAUGUUUGGAUUCUUGGCGAUUCAAUCCCGUAUUGGGCGGGGUCACAUGCUACAGCCGCUGGAAAACCUAACCUGAAUAUUACAGGACUGUCAAUUGCAUGGUGGGGUAAGAGAGGUUUGGGUUGGAGCGGACUUAGACAACACAUAGAGACUCAGGUUCUUCUGUCUACACCGCCUAGAAUUAUCAUCGUCAAUUUAGGUGGUAACGACUUACUUACAAUUAAAACUCCGGAAAUUGGAAAUAUCAUAAGGCAAGAGAUAAUUUACCUCAGAGAUGCAUUUCCAAACACGAUAAUUAUAUGGCUAGAUAUUUUACCAAGACAGAUCUGGUCAGGUUCGAGAGGGGGGAAUGCUCCUAUUGAUGCUAAACGGAAACGUCUGAAUAGAAUCGGUCGUAAAAUCGUUUCAGAAUCAGGAAAUUCAGACAUAAUUACAACAGAGAUUGACUCAAAAACGGCCUUUUAUCGUCCCGACGGAGUACAUUUAAAUUUAGUUGGCCUAGAGUUUUAUUUAGACUUCAUUAAAGACGCUAUUUUGAGAAACAUGUAUUAAUAAUUAGUUACAAGAUUAGCAAAUUAUGAAAGAGCUGUCUGUCCUUCUGUUUCCUUGAAUGCAACUUGUAUUUAGUAUAAUUUCUCUUCAGAAUUUUCGGGGGAUAAAUUUCAAUGAAAUUUAUUGUGGCGGGGAAAAAUUCUGCCGAUCAGAAGUUGACUAGGCGUAGCAUAAUUUAGCAAUUUUAUAUUAGUUUCAGUUUAAUUAACAUUCAAGUAUGUACUUUGUUCAAACUGUAUUUAACUCGGGACCUGGUUUCCGGCUCUCGCGAGUUACCAGUGUGAAUCGUGGGACUAGGGUCAGAGCAUUUUAUAGUCAACUUGUGUGGCAUUGAGUAUACAAAAGGUAUUGCCCUAGUACUCUGGUAAUAUCUUUAUAGCGUUGCGUUAGAGCCGUGUCUAGCUCUAUAUAGCCUUGCUCAAGUGAUACAUAGCCUGGCUGGUGCUAAUCACUACAGUACUUUGCGUUGCGUUGUGACUCUAACUGGUUACCCGAUUAGAUUUUCAUUGUAACUAUGGUUACCCGUAGGAUAAUGAAGGAGUCAUAUCUGCGGAUGCUAGUCACUACAGUGCUGUGUCUGGUUUGGUGACACGUUUGAUAUUUUUCGUUAUUACUAUGGUCACCCGUAGAGUAAUGGAAGAUACCACUCGUCUGUCAUUUUGUCCGUCGUAGUGAACCGUAGCAUUGAUGGAAGUUGUGCCACGUUACAAGUUGUUUCUCUGAAAAUAAUUAAAUGUAGCUAGUCACCGGUUAGAAUUUAGAGAACACGCCUGGUCUUCUUUUGGUCGGCUGAUUUAUUCCCUACAAUUUGGCUGGUUACCCGACCGGAUUGAUUGUUUAGCUGGUUACCCGUUAAACCUUGAGUGGCCACAAUACCCCAAUACAUUAGAAUAAGCCACAUAUGCUUUUGAUUACUUUAUUUUAACUAUAUCAAUGUUUAUUCAAAUAUGUAGUAUAUUGAAUUAAAAUUGAGAUUGUUGCACAUUUUCUGUUGGUUUUGAUUUCGGAUAAUGAAAUAAUAUCAAUUAUUUUAUCUUUGAAAUAAUUGCUUUUAUUUUUUACGAAAUUGUCAGUUUGUCAUCGCGUAUCUAUACUUAGGUCAGUUUGUCAUCCGGUAUCUAUACCUAUCUAUACAUGUAUGAUCAUGUAUGUUUUUAGUAAGCUUUGUGAAGCAAAACUGGUUUUGGUUCCAGGUUUAUUAUAAGCGAAACAUAUUUAUAAACCAGAUUUGUUCGGGAACCAAACGCAGAAUAUGAACAUAUAUAACGCAGAAACUCGUGCAAUAUUCUCAGUCGGUAAACUUUCACAACUUACGAAACAACGCUUGUUAGAUUUUCCCACCCGCCACACCCCAAGUCAGAACGUAGUAAAUAUGUAUUUUUGACUAUAGUUUUAAUACUAUUACGUAAAUUCACUUAUUUUAAUAUACAGUUAUAUGGCAUGUUCCUAUUUAUCUGAUUUUAGACAAGCUAAUUGCUCUUUCAAGUAUUUGUGUUACAGACAAUUUGCCUCCGAGCUGACGAGCAAAACUUGGAUACAGACUAUCACGCACGUUCAAUGGGAGCAGUUGUAAUGUACGAUAGAAGCUCUAUUGAUGUCACCAAAACUUUGUGUCGAACAUUGCGGACGCUGUGACGGCUUAAGUGUGAGAUCAUAAACUUUCUUAUGUGUGCGUGUUAGUGUAUCAAGUGAUAAUUACAAAGUGUUAAGGCUCGUUCGCUAUUCACUAUUUUUAAGUAUGUUGUUUGAUACAAGCAAAUGAACUAUUACAUUUAUGUGUAUAUGUUAGCGAAAGACGAUUUCUUUUGUGUAUAAACAUUGUUAAGAAGGAAAUAUUACCUUAAUAGUGGUUAUGGACACACUAUAAUUAUAAUUAUUUUUAUGUCACUCAUAUUAUAUGCUUAGCGGGGAAAAAUUCUGCCGAUCAGAAGUUGACUAGGCGUAGCAUAAUUUAGCAAUUUUAUAUUAGUUUCAGUUUAAUUAACAUUCAAGUAUGUACUUUGUUCAAACUGUAUUUAACUCGGGACCUGGUUUCCGGCUCUCGCGAGUUACCAGUAUGAAUCGUGGGACUAGGGUCAGAGCAUUUUAUAGUCAACUUGUGUGGCAUUGAGUAUACAAAAGGUAUUGCCCUAGUACUCUGGUAAUAUCUUUAUAGCGUUGCGUUAGAGCCGUGUCUAGCUCUAUAUAGCCUUGCUCAAGUGAUACAUAGCCUGGCUGGUGCUAAUCACUACAGUACUUUGCGUUGCGUUGCGACUCUAACUGGUUACCCGAUUAGAUUUUCAUUGUAACUAUGGUUACCCGUAGGAUAACGAAGGAGUCAUAUCUGCGGAUGCUAGUCACUACAGUGCUGUGUCUGGUUUGGUGACACGUUUGAUAUUUUUCAUUAUUACUAUGGUCACCCGUAGAGUAAUGGAAGAUACCACUCGUCUGUCAUUUUGUCCGUCGUAGUGAACCGUAGCAUUGAUGGAAGUUGUGCCACGUUACAAGUUGUUUCUCUGUAAAUAAUUAAAUGUAGCUAGUCACCGGUUAGAAUUUAGAGAACACGCCUGGUCUUCUUUUGGUCGGCUGAUUUAUUCCCUACAAUUUGGCUGGUUACCCGACCGGAUUGAUUGUUUAGCUGGUUACCCGUUAAACCUUGAGUGGCCACAAUACCCCAAUACAUUAGAAUAAGCCACAUAUGCUUUUGAUUACUUUAUUUUAACUAUAUCAAUGUUUAUUCAAAUAUGUAGUAUAUUGAAUUAAAAUUGAGAUUGUUGCACAUUUUCUGUUGGUUUUGAUUUCGG